ACAUACCAAAGGGAUUUAGUACGAACGGCUAACGUUGCCCAGACCAGAAAGCAAGCCUCGGUUCAAGUACUCGUUCGGGGUUCCCAAUUUUCUCGUCAAGUCGCGCACCCCGGAACAAUUCCGUGGAUGACUUUUUUUUUAUCGGUCAUCUCGUCAUUAUUCCUGCUGUCCUCCCUCGUACAAGCUGAGCAAACUCGAUCAGGAUAGGAUACCCGGACAAACAAAUUUAUAUCCAGUGCUUAACCCGACUUUAUACCUUUAUUGCCCCUCUUACAAUUACACAAUUCGGCCGAUAACCUAGUACAACAGGCGGAAUUCGGAGUUGUUUGAAUCCUACCGGGGGCUAAGUCGGAUAUAUCCAAACCAACACACACUAUACCUAUACAGAAUCAUAUAUAUAGUCGAGUCUCCGGAGCUGCUGGCUCGGAGGCGGGAUAUACCUUGAUUCAACAUGCCCAUCGAGUGGCCUUCAAUUCUAAAUUCCCUGAGCCCUACAGAGACAACGAUGGAAGGAGAAGUACCUAUUCCAGAGCCUCCCGCUCUACCCUUUAUCGGUCAUCUUACCGAACUUGAUCGAGAACUCCCCAUACGUGCUUUUGCCUCUCUUGCUGAUAGAUAUGGCGAAAUAUAUCGACUUCGUCUUCCUGGUCGAACUAUAGUUUUCGUUACGAGUCACCGUCUUGUAGACGAACUGUGUGAUGAGAAAAAGUUCGUCAAGAUCCCAAAAGCAGCUCUUCAUGAAAUUCGAAACGGUGUUCAUGAUGGUUUAUUCACUGCUCGGUUGGAAGAACCUAACUGGGGUAUUGCCCAUCGAGUUCUAAUGCCCGCUUUUGGACCUAUCUCGAUCCGAGGCAUGUUUGAAGAGAUGCAUGAGAUUGCUACGCAACUUGCUAUGAAGUGGGCUCGUUAUGGACCUCGAAAUCCGAUUGAAGUUUCAGAAGAUUUCACCCGUCUAGCACUUGACACUCUCGCUUUAUGCUCUAUGGGCUACCGUUUUAAUAGCUACUACACAUCGGAGUUACACCCAUUCAUCGCUGCUAUGGGUGAUUUCCUUACCGAAUCAGGCAAUAGGCCCAACAGGACGAUGCCUUCUUGGUUCUACCGAAAUGAGGACGCCAAAUAUUGGAAGGACAUCAAUGUCCUACGAGAUACAUCUGAUGAAGUUCUGCAAGAACGUAAACGAAACCCAUCUGACCGGAAAGAUCUUCUCAACGCGAUGUUAAACGGUGUAGACCCGAAGACUGGUCAACACAUGAGUGAUUCGAGUAUCACCGACAACCUUAUUACUUUCUUGGUAGCGGGACAUGAAACUACUUCCGGAUUACUUUCAUUCGUCUUCUAUGAACUAUUAAAAAAUCCUGACGUCUACCGCAAGGCUCAACAGGAGGUUGAUACAGUCAUUGGAAAGGGUCCUAUUACUGUGGACCAUAUGUCCAAGCUACCGUAUAUCGUGGGAUUAAUGCGCGAAACCCUACGAUUCCAUUCGCCGAUUUCCCAAAUCGGUGUAACGGCCAAAGAAGAUACUCUCCUAGGAGGAAAGUACCUAAUACAUAAGGGCGAGACUGCAUCAAUGCUCUUCGUGAAAAUGCACCAAGAUCCGGCCGUUUAUGGUGACGAUGCACAAGAAUUCAAGCCAGAACGAAUGUUGGAUGAACCAUUCAAUAAGCUUCCCAAGAACGCAUGGAAGCCUUUCGGCAAUGGACUCCGAGCAUGUAUCGGCCGACCAUUUGCUUGGCAAGAAGCGACCUUAGCCAUUGCUAUGCUACUGCAAAACUUCAACUUCAUCUUUGACGACCCAUCAUACAGUUUAGCUCUGAAGCAAACAUUAACUAUCAAGCCUAAGGGUUUCCGAAUGAGAGCAACACUCCGCGACGGAAUGACCCCUAGCCAACUUGAACACCGCCUAGCAGGCAAGGAACCACCAACAGAAGCCCUAAAUGGCUUGUCUUUGAAAGAUUCCGCUACGAAUGGUAACGCUAGUGGGAAACCAAUCACGAUUUUGUACGGAAGUAACAGUGGUACUUGCGAAUCUCUUGCUCAGAGAGUAGCUAGUGAUGCGUUACGUCACGGUUACAAGGUAUCGAAGGUCGACUUCCUGGAUACUGCAAAUGGAAACCUUCCCAAGGGGGAACCAGUGGUCAUUGUUACUGCGUCGUACGAAGGACAACCACCAGAUAAUGCUGCUCACUUUGUCUCGUGGAUCGAGAGCAUAGAAGACAAGACCGCUCUUGAAGGCGUGCACUACACUGUUUUCGGUGUUGGUCAUCACGAUUGGGCUCAGACCUUCCACAGGAUACCUAAGUUGGUGGAUACCAAGCUGACUGAGGCUGGCGCUACUCGAGUUGCGGAUAUUGGUCUUACCGACGUCGGAAAGGGCGACGCUUUUGCCGACUUUGAGACAUGGGAAGAUGAAGUGUUCUGGCCAUCGCUCAAAAAGAAGUAUGGAACUUCAAGUGAUGCGACGGACCCAUCCCAAGCUGUUGGCCUUAGGGUUUCGGUCACGAAUCCCCGCACAUCUACCUUACGACAGGACGUUAUGGAAGGUUUGGUGGUCGAGAGCCGAACAUUAACAGUUGAAGGAGAACCUGUCAAGAAACACAUCGAAAUUGUGCUCCCAAGUGACGAAAGCUACCGAGCAGGUGAUUACCUCGCAAUUUUGCCAAUUAAUCCUAAACAGAUCGUGGAGCGGGCUAUGCGUAGGUUCCAUCUUCCAUGGGAUGCGCAUAUCACCAUCGGCAGUGAUGGAAUGACUUCGCUUCCAACCAACACAUCACUACCUGCCCAUAGCGUCUUCAGCGCUUAUGUUGAAUUGUCCCAACCCGCUACCAAGAGGAACAUUGGUACUUUGGUUGAAGCAGCAAUGGAUGCUGACGAGAAGGAGGCAUUGAGGAAAUACGCCAACGAAGCCUACGAAGAGGUCGCAUCUAAGCGACUUUCAGUGUUAGAUCUAUUGGAGAAGCAUGUCUCUGUAGACCUACCUUUGGGCGCUUUCUUGGCGAUGCUUCCUCCUAUGCGUGUGCGACAAUAUUCUAUUUCCUCGUCACCACUAUGGAACCCUUUGCACGUCACUUUGACUUUCUCAGUACUUGAGGCGCCCUCCAAGUCUGGCCAAGGUGUACACGUCGGUGUUGCAUCAUCUUAUUUGGCCUCUCUCGCGCCCGGCGACAAGUUACACGUCUCCGUCCGCCCAUCCCACGCCGCCUUCCACCUACCACAGGAUAUCGAGAACGUUCCUGUCAUCUGCGUCGCAGCAGGUACAGGUCUUGCUCCUUUCCGUGGCUUUAUACAAGAGCGUGCUGCCAUGGUGGCCGCUGGACGUAAGCUCGCACCUGCCUUACUAUUCAUCGGAAGCCGUGAACCGGGUCGCGAUGAUCUAUACGCGGAAGAGCUAGCGGAAUGGGAGAAAGCAGGCGCUAUAUCGGUACGACGCGCAUACAGCCGGAAACCAGAAGCCUCCAAUGGAAACAAAUACGUGCAAGAUGCACUCCGAGCAGCUGGAGAUGAAGUCACGAAACUCUGGAGUGAAGGCGCUAAGUUGUAUGUCUGCGGCUCGCGAGCUGUUGGCGAGGGUGUUAAGGCGGCGGUUGUGGACCUGGUUAAGGAGGUGGAAUUGACUAAGGGUAGAGAGGUGACGGAGGAACAGGCUUCUAAGUGGUGGGAGGGCCUACGGAAUACCCGAUAUGCUACGGAUGUGUUUGAUUAAGCAGCGUUGUGUUAUAUAGAUUGAGGUGAGCAUCUGUAUAUGGAAAGAGGUGUUAAGACUUGAAGAGACGGUGGGCUGCAUAUAAGUAGAGAGAUUAAGAGUUGAAUAUUUAGAAACGAGGUGGUUGAGGGCCUAGAUGGGCACCUACUCCCCUUAUUCUUGUUCAGAGUCGUUUGGACUACAUAUAGAUUGACGAUAUAUCAAUACAUAUUAAUGAUCAUUCUAUGUU